CGUGCCUCCAAACUUCCCUGAAGGCGCCAUUCCCUUCGAGCCACUGGCAGACGCUUCCCUAGAGGCGCCACUGCAACUUAUUGGAGAUGACCUCAGAAGGCACAUGCACUGGCAAGGACCGCUGAGAUUACUGGUAAUUUACCGCAGGUCAUACUUCGACCAGCUUGCAAACGCCAGUUGGUAGUAUAAGGCGAAAGAUGGGAGCCCCAUGGGAGUCCCAUUGUGGGUUGACAUGACUCUGCAGCUAGACAGCAAAUGAGGGAAGCCUUUGGGAAAAGGAUGGUUAUGCAUUGAAUUGUAGCUGCUUGCUAUUAUCUUUGCUCAACAGGUGCGAGUAGCGCGCCCUCUGUUAUUUCUCAUGAAGUCGAGCAGCCUCCUGAAGACGCCCUUCAAAGAUGUCUGGUGGCAAAGCCCGCUUGAAAUGGUUGGAAGCAGGAGUUUACUUGGGGACUUGAGAGGAUAAGGAGGAGAGGAAGUAAGAGAAAGCUUGGCCUUGAAACACGAGAGGAGCUGGUUUGCAAUAAUGAGAGUCCCUAGUGCCAAGGGAUCUUACAUUGAAGGACGGUAUUGACAGCUUGGCUUUGCACUAUGCGAUAAUGGCAUCGAAGAAGCUGCCAGCAAACUACAUGAAACGGUCGAGGUUGAGGGGGAAGACAUUUAGAGCAUGGCUGAAUGCUGCGAUGUACAUCUACCUUGUGUGUGGCCUGAGUUGGGUUGCCUACAAUUGUCCUGCAAUGUACAUCUCAGAGAAGAACGCGGAGCUGGAGGUGCUCAGCUACAAGUGCAAGAACCGCGCGUCUGUCCUGCACACAGAGAUGCUAGCCAACAGGAACUCUGUUCAGGUUUUCAUCGGUUUUGUCACGAGCGUCCCCAACAUAGGCAAGGAAGUGUUUGAGCGCUUUGCGAUGGCAACAUCCGAUGCACGUCCGCUCAUUGUUGGCGUUGCCUGGAUUGAGAUUGUGAAACAUGAGGACCGGGCGGCCAAAGAGGUGGAGCUGGAACAUACAUUCAUGGAGCUGGAUUACACCGGUUCAGUGGAGUAUCUGACGGCCGAUAAGCCGCGAGGGGUCGCUGAGGAGUACGGAGUGGUUAUCUAUUCGGUGAUGCCCGAACUAUUUCGAAAGGUGGUGCGGCCUGGUCUGGACGUGUUUCCACUUGCGUCACGAAGGCCGUUCCUGGACGUGUCUCGCCGCACAGGGCAAGCGGUGCACACGGGGCCGCUCGACUACCUGAAGAGGGAGAAAGGCAUGGAGGGCGGCAACGGCCACGGCUUCACGGCCUACAUGCCGUGGUACAACUCCACAUCGGAAGAGGACCUCAGCCCCGAGCAGCGUUGGAAAGCCUGCCGCGGCUGGCUGGCCGCGGUGUUCGACAUCGAGGCGAUUGCGCGCAAGGUCCUCCUCAACUUCGCCGCCGAGAAGCACAUCCUCAUGCGGCUCUACGACGCGACACCUGGCACCACGCCGGAAAAGGGCCUGAUUUACGAUCCGCCCGAGUCGCCGCUUCCAGACGAUAACCACGACCAAGAGUAUGGGUACGUGCAGCCGUUUGAGUGCGGGAGGCGCACGUACGAGGUGCGCUGCUGGGACCCGACGUUCAGCCGGUGGCGCCUCAUCAAGACGGUGCUGGAGUGGUCGGUGUUCCGCGUGCUCGUGUUUUUGCUACUGGGCUACGUUGCGCGGUUGACGGGGAAGCGGUUGAAGGAAGUGGAGCGCGACUUUGAGCGGAUUGCCUGCCUAAACGAGGAGCUCAAGGAGGCGAAAGUAGUUGCGGAGGCGGGGGUGCGGUCCAGGAGCAGCUUCAUCGCCACCAUGAGCCACGAGAUCAGGACGCCGUUGAACGGGCUGCUGGGCAUGCAGAGCCUGCUGCUGACGACCGAGCUGACGCCCCUCCAGCUAGAUUAUGUCAACACGGGCCAGGCCAGCGGCUCCGCGCUGCUCAGCCUCAUCAACGACAUCCUCGAUUUCUCCAAGAUCGACGCGGGCAAGAUGGAGAUUGAGACGAUCCCGUACGAUUUCCGUGCGGCGGUGGACGACGUGCUGAGCCUGUUCCAGGACAAGAGCCGCGAGAAGCACGUCGAGCUGGCCAGCCUCGUGCAGGAUGCCGUCCCGGAGCGGGUCACCGGGGACCCGCAGCGCCUGCGCCAAGUGCUCAUGAACCUGGUCUCGAACGCCGUUAAGUUCACCGAGACGGGCAGCAUCUUCGUGUGCGCCCAAGUGGGCACGUUCAGCCUCAGCACGCUAUCCUCCACUGAGCCCUCUCCUGGGGGAUCCCUCCGCACCCCGGAGUUCUCUCCCAAGCCCCCCACCCCGACCACCCCCCUCUUCAGCACGCUCCGCCGCCGCUUCCGCUCGUCCUCCGCUUCCUCCAGCACCUCCGAACCGCAGCCGUUCGAUGAGGCGCUUCUCACCCCAUCGACGGCCCAGAGCUCCCCGAUCACAAAGUCGGCGAGCUCUUCCGGUUUGAUGCACUGGUCGUCGGCCAAGAACACGCCGCAGAUCCAGAGCGCGAGCGAUUUGCUGAUCCCGAGCAUGUUGGAAGAGGACUGCGGCGAGGCGGACCCCCGGGUUUUGCAGAGGUUCAAGCAGGCGCAUUCUGGCGCGCAGCCCGGGGAGAAGAUUCGGCUGCUGCUCUCCGUGGAGGACACCGGAAUCGGUAUUCGAGAAGAAGCAAAACCGCGGCUGUUCGAGCCAUUUGGGCAGGCGGAGAGCUCGACCUCCCGCCAAUUUGGGGGUACGGGGAUUGGUCUUCCGAUCAGCCAGCGCCUGGUGGAGCUGAUGGGCGGCACGAUGGGCGUGACGAGCGAGCCGGGCCGGGGGUCCACCUUCAUCUUCGACAUCGAGGUCGGAGUCGACACGCCACCCCCCCCGGAGAUGGCCAGCGCCAGCCCCCGCGUCAGCCAGCAAUUCCCGGAGCUGCACGAUCUGCACGUGAUCGUGCUGGAGCCGUCCCCCCUCCGCCAAGAGAUCAUUGCGUGCUGCCUGCGCCGGCUGGGCCUCUUCCCCGUCUGCUGCGAGACCAUCGAGGAGGCGCUCGACCAGCUGCCCCGCCCCGCUGACGUCACCCCGCCCCGGACCCACGUCAUCCUCGUCAAUGUGCGCGCGCACGGCGGCCAGCUGGCGCGCGACCUGCUCGCGCACCCCGCGCGGAAGGCCGCAAAAGCGCCCGUCGUGGGGCUCAGCACGGGCAUGGACUCCGCGGAGGAGAAGCGAGAGUUGGCGCGCGGGUUUGCGGGGCUGCUGCAGAGCCCGCUGCGACCCGCGACCGUCGCGGUGUGUCUGUCGGGGCUCGUGAACAAGCGCGCGCCGACGCGCGUCAGGGCGGUCAGUGAGGAGGCGCCCGCGGUGUGGCUCCAGGGAAAAAAGGUGCUCGUGGUCGACGAUACGCUGGUGAAUCGGAAGGUGGCGUCGCGCAUGCUGCAGGUCUUCAAAUGCGAGGCCGUCGGUGUCGGCGGAGGUGCGCAGGCGCUUGACAAACUUCAGGAGUUUGGAUUUGGAGCGUUUGACAUGGUCCUCAUGGACGUUCAGAUGCCGGGCAUGGACGGGUACGAGACAACCCGCCGGAUCCGCCGCCUAGAGCACGAGUUUUGGGCUGCCAGGAACGCCCCCUCCAAUACCGCCGCCCCAGAUGACGUCACCCCCCCUGCCGAGACCGACUCUUUCAGCACGGACCUCCCGAGCAUCGCCGAAGCGCGUGGCCAGGGGGAUCCCUGGCCCGGGGCUGCCCCCCGUGGCAGCGACAUCGAGAGCCACAGCAGCGCGGAGCUCGACGCUGACGUCAGCGGCCGGCGGGACAGUGACGCCAGCCUGCGACGGGAGAGCGAGGCCAGCAAGAGCGCACCGAGCCCCCGGCUGGCGCGCGACAGCUUCCGCUCGAGCGGGAGUUCCAGUUCGAGCAGCUCGGGGGAGCUCAUAAUCGCGGGGGGAAACAGCUUCGAUUCGGACGAGGGGCGGCUGAAGCUGCCGGUUCUGCGGACGUCCGACGGCCGGCGCGGGCCGACGGGCGAGGGGCAGGAGCGCACGCUGUGGGUGGAGGGGCGGCAGAUCGGGGCGCGCCUCCCGAUUAUCGCGCUGACCGCCGACGUGCUAGCGGGCACCCGCGAGCAGUGCAUGGAGGCGGGCAUGGACGGGUACCUCUCCAAGCCUUUGGACCAGAAGCUCCUCAAGGACGUGCUGAACAAGUGCCCACAAGCAGCUUCAGCAGCCUUCGAGGACACGUGGCAGAAGCUAGACAUUGCAUCCAACGAACAAGAAAGCGCCACGUUCCUCGACAUGCCUAGCGCGUCCGACAGCAUGAGGAGGCAGCGGAGGAGCGAUCGGCAGAACAGUCUCCAGGCGCUGAAGAGGGACUUUGACGAGCUGGCUGCGCGCGCGCACGAGCGGAUCAGGCGGGACGAGGAGCGCCUCCGAGAGCAGCGGAACGAGCUGGAACAGCGGCAACAAGAAAACGUCAGAGGGACCAACGAAUGCAUCGUAUGCUGCGAAGAAUGGAGCGACACUGUGGUCCGUCACCGAUUCGAGUGCGGACACGCAGUGACCCGCGGAGACUGCUGUAAGGUUUGGCUGGCGAAGCAAGAGGAGCCCCAAAAGCGGCAGCGUUAUCGUUAG